UUAGUAUACGGCUGUAAUUCAUAGCGAAGUCCAGAACCAGAGUAUCGGAAAUUCCCAUACUCCGGUUCACAAAAAUCUUCUCGCUCUCUCUCUCUCUAAAAAGAAGUAUGGUCUGUAGUUCUCUGUCCAUAUUAUCAUCAACGCCAUCUUUAUUCCCUUCGAAUUCAAACAACGAUUCAACUUCCACAGCCGUUGGUUCCGCUAGGGUUCGAUUCUUCAAUGUCCGGAGACGAGACUUUAGAUCUCUCAAGCCCCUGUCUCUUUACUACCAUGGUCCUCGAGCUUCGAAGACUGAAAUUUAUACGAAGCAAUCGAUUGAAGAUGACUCAGCCGAGCAGUUUCUGCAGAAUAAUUCGAUUGCAGAUUUCAUGAGGUUCAAGAAAGGGACCUCCGAUGGAGUCGGCAAUGCCGAGUUGCAGACUGCUGUCGUCAGCUAUCGAAAGAAGUUCCCUUGGUCCCUCCUCAAUCCAUUCCUUCAGGUUGAUUUGGUUUCCACAAUACACAUUGCGGAUAAGGAGUACUUUGCAACCCUCCAGGAGGUACUAGAAUCCUAUGACUGUGUUCUGUAUGAGAUGGUGGCUAGCAGGGAGAGUUUAGAGAGCAGAAGAAACCCUGCUGCUACGAAGAAGCUCAAAAGUUCACGGUCACGAGGUUUUAAUAUUAUUGGAUGCAUUCAACGGCAGAUGGCUAGACUUCUUAUGCUUGAUUUCCAAUUAGACUGCCUUGACUACCAGGCUGAGAAUUGGUACCAUGCAGAUCUUGACUACGAAACCUUCAAGCUACUUCAGCUUGAGAAAGGUGAGAGCUUCUUUACAUUUGCCAGAGAUAUGACUCUUAGAUCAACAAAAGCCAUGGUGCAACCACCUUCAAAUUCAGGAGAGCUAGGUCCUUGGAGAUCCAAGCUUCUAUGGGCUUCUCGUGUGCUACCCAUGCCUCUUGUUGGUCUUCUUAUCAUUGGAAGUGUUUGUUCGGAUGUGGAAAGUCAAGCAUCAGAAUAUCCUGAAUUCGAGGCCUUGUCCAGGCUCGAUUUUGGUGCUGCGAUGAAGGUCUUCCUGGCAAAAAGACUAGCAUCUGAGUUCACACAGCUUACAGCAGAUGUAGAGGAGAGAUCUGUUAUAAUUGGUGAGAGGAACAGAGCUGCAACAGAGGCACUUCGAAGGGCGAUGGAUGAGGGCCACAAUAAAAUUGCUAUAUUGUAUGGAGGAGGGCACAUGCCUGACUUGGGGAGGCGACUACGGGAGGAGUUUGACCUUGUCCCUUUGCGGGUGCAGUGGAUAACAGCGUGGUUAAUAAGGAAUCGGAAUCUAAAUAGCAGCUCCCUUCCAUUUCUAAAGACAAUGGCCAGAAUCUUGGGUUGGCCAUUGAACAGAUACGAGACGCUGGCACUGUUGAUUUUUUCCUCUGUCCUUGCAUUGGACCUCUGUUUCUGGGAGCUCUUUUUCGGUACUACACUGAAUUGGCUUUCAAAUGUUGCUUCAGAAGUUUUUCAAUAUGUUGAUGAUGCACAACAGGUGCUCUGAUAAUUCUUAAUGAAAUACAAAUUGUUUGCCUCGAGGAGGAUGUUGGCAAGUUGUUUAUGCCUGUAAAUAUUAGUAUAAACUUCUGUAAUGAAAAUUUGAAAUAUAGCAAAUUAUUUGGGCCAUUUGGAUACAGUAGAACCAUUUCUUGUCUGGGUAGAAUACCAGCGUGAUUAGUUCAUGUACCCAUUUCUUCUUGGAUUGAAUUGGUAUAUAAUUAUAUAUGGAUAUUCAUUUCAUCA